AUGACCCGGAAAAGAAGGAAUAACGGUCACGCCAGACAGGGCCAUGGUCAAAUGCAACCUGUUCACGGCACCUACUGUCCCCGUUGUGUGCCCAAGGAAAAGGCCAUUACGAAGUUCAUUAUUCCGAACAUAGUGGAGGCUGCCACCAUCAAGGACAUUUCUGAAGCAGAUGUCUUCAAUGCCUACAUGCUUUUCAAGCCGUAUACAAAACUACAUCACUGUGUGAGGUGUGCCAUUCACGGAGUAGUUAGGAAUCAUCUUCACGAAGCACAGAAGGACCCCACCCCAAUUUAG